GACAGACACCGACACCGACGCUGACACUGACACUGACACUGACCUUCUAUUCUCCGAGCCCAUUAUCUACAGCAUUGUACAAAUUUAAAGCACACCACCCCCACCACCUCACUCCCCCUCCCAAACCUCAACUCACAAAUACAAAAUAAAAAAAUGAUGAGCCGCAACUUCGUCCCCGUAGCCCUAUCCAUCGGCGCCGGCGUCCUCGGCGGGUACUACGUCUGGCAACCGUAUUUCAAGGAGAUGCAGCAGCGCCAACAACACCAGCUCCAGCAGUCGUUGAAUCCGAAUUCUACCGAGACGGCACCGCAGUCACAAGUUCCGACAUCGACACCGACACCGACACCGACACCUCAGGAGGUGGUUCCUCCCUCUGCGACAGGGGAUUCGGGGUCGGGGAAGGCAGCGGGGCAGUGAGUGAGGGGUUUUUGGGGUUAGUCAGAUGGAUGGAUAUAUCACUAGAUUUUGGCGCCAUGGUGCAAGGUGCAAGGUGCAAGGUGCUUGCCAGGCGUGCUGCUGGGCGGUGCGGAUGAGCACUUCGCUAUAUGCAGUGCUCUCACUGGGCUUGGGGGGAGCUGGAAGAGUCCCAUAGCAUCGCGGGUGCUGUUGGCUGUUAUGCACCAGACGUGUCGAAUACUCUGCUUGUGGGGAAAGAGGAAGCUCCCUCGAGGAAGACAUGCCACCGAAAGAAAGCAAAAGGCCAUCAUGUAUACUAUCAUAUUGUAUCAUACAGUCACAUAAAC